GGUGGGGAAGAGGCGGGGAGGGGACAGGCUGCAGUCCGGGCAGUUACACGUUUUCCCCCAGAAGCCUCAGACGUGGUCCCGGGCUUGGGGUCGGGACGGCGCGGGACCAUGGCCGGGCUGCUGCUGCCCCCCGCGCCCAGCACCUGGCUGCUGGUGGCACUGCUGCUGCUCUCAGCAGGCGAGCCGGUGCCAGCUGCCGAGACAAAGGACUUGUACCAGAACCCCGAAGGAAGCCCUUGUUCCUGGAUCUGGCAGAACCCACGUUUCAUGGCCAAGAAACGAGGCUCCAGGGUGACAAUGCAGUGCCACUUAGGCAGUUCCAGCUUGGGCACGGUGAAGUUGCUCCUGCAGCGGGAAACAGACCGGGAGCCCCAGCUGCUGCACCUGGAGAAGGGCCGCAUAGAGCAGACCGAGGAAGGCAGCAUGUCCAACCUCACCAUCAUCGGCAUCCAGUCUGAGGACAGCGGCAUCUACUUCUGCCAGCACGAGUGCAUCGGGGCCUCCCAGAGGGAGCUGGGCUGCGGCACCGAGCUGCGCGUGAUGGGGUUCAGCACCCUGGCGCAGCUGAAGCGGCGGAACACGCUGAAAGACGGCAUCAUCAUGAUCCAGACGCUGCUCAUCAUCGUCUUCAUCAUCGUGCCCAUCUUCCUGCUGCUGGACAAGGAUGACAGCAAGGCCGGCAUGGAGGAAGAUCACACCUAUGAGGGCCUGGACAUUGACCAGACAGCCACCUACGAGGACAUCGUGACUCUGCGGACAGGGGAGGUGAAGUGGUCCGUGGGCGAGCACCCAGGCCAGGAGUGAGGGGCCGGCACCUCACGCCCCGAGCACAACCUCCAGGGCCUCACAGACUGCUUCGAGGUCACCGGACUCACAGCUCAUCUCUCCUCUGGACUCUCAGACGGACUAUGAAGCCGGCCCGCCAGAGCGGCCUCCCUCGCCCCACUCCAGCCCCUGCUCACCAGCUCUUGCCAAAGGGCCUGGAUAGAAGGGCAACAGGAAAGUGAUCUGGAGUGGGGAGUUCUCUGCAGGUAGACUGGACACAGCCUUCUGGGGGUGCUGUGCAGGAUGCGUCCCCAUAUUUGGGACAGAGAAGACAGAGACUUGUCCAGAGCCUGCAAAUGGACUCAGCGCCGACGGGCUUGCAGUCGUGCCUGAGAAGGACCACGACUGGGUCCCAGGGCCACCUGGAACUUCACCACUCCCCCAUCCUCUCCCACCCAGGGGCCCUUGCCUUGAGCUCAUUCUCCCAUGGAAUAAACAAUGCGUCUUGAGAUUCA